AUGCCUCAACAACCAAUGAGUCAAGCCUCUUCAUCACAACAACCUAGGCCACAAGCUGCGUUAUUGACUCUUACCAACACUCAAACUCAGUUUAUGACUGGGACCAGAUCUUUUCUCAGAAAUCUUGAGACACAAGUGGGGCAGUUGGCCAAUAUGCUGAAUAAUAGACCUCAGGGAAACUUUCCUAGAAACAUUGAAAUUAAUCCUAAGGAGCAAUGUCAGGCAAUUACUCUGAGCAGUGGUAAACAAAUUGAGCAGUCUAGUGUACAACAAUCAGUGGUUCAGAAUGAAGAUUUAGGUGAAAAGUCUGAUACAGUUGAGAAAGGGGUCACCGAAGACCGCAAGAGCACAGAGAAGAUUCCUCCAAUUAUGCCUAGUUAUGUGAAGUUCAUGAAAGAGAUUCUGUCUAAGAAAAGAAAGAUGGAAGACUAUGAAAUUGUGGCGCUCACUGAAGAAUGUAGUGCAAUAUUGCAAAGGAAGCUGCCCAAAAAGUUGAGAGAUCCAGGGAGCUUUACUAUACCUUUCACAAUUGGAAAAUUUGAGUGUAAGCAUGCCUUGUGUGAUUUGGGGGCAGUAUUAAUCUGA